UCUUAACGUUAAGGGGCGGUAAGGCUAAUAACGUUGCUCGAGCCGCAGCACGUCACAGGCCCGCGCACGAGAGCUAACCAGGCGAGCAGCAGGACCCCGCGGAAGUCCAGCCAGCGCCUGGCGUCUGCGGGCCGGAUUGUAAAUGCGCCAUGACUCUUGUCUGCGCGGAUCGUAUUGCGAAGGCUGGAUGCUAUUGAGAGUUUGCGGCCCGUUGUAAUUUAGUUCACAAAUCUAUCCAAAAGGCUACAGCUCAGCAAACCAAGAUGGAGUAUGAGUGGAAACCAGACGAGCAAGGACUUCAGCAAAUUUUACAGCUUUUGAAAGAGUCUCAAUCCCCGGAUACGUUCACGCAGCGAUCCGUCCAACAAAAACUGGAGCAGCUAAAUCAGUAUCCAGAUUUUAACAACUACCUGAUUUUUGUUUUGACCAAGCUGAAGUCUGAAGAUGAACCCACAAGAUCGCUUAGUGGUCUCAUACUGAAGAACAAUGUGAAAGCACAUUUUCACAAUUUCCCAAAUGGAGUAUCGGAGUUUAUUAAAAGCGAGUGUUUGAAAAAUAUUGGUGAUUCAUCACCAUUGAUAAGAGCCACUGUGGGUAUUUUGAUAACUACCAUUGCAUCCAAAGGAGAUCUACAGAACUGGCCAGAUCUUUUGCCAAAGCUAUGUGGGCUACUGGAUUCUGAAGAUUAUAACACAUGUGAGGGAGCAUUUGGUGCCCUUCAGAAGAUAUGUGAAGAUUCUGCUGAAAUUUUGGAUAGUGAUAUCCUUGACCGACCACUCAACAUCAUGAUUCCCAAAUUUUUGCAGUUUUUUAAACAUAGUAGUCCGAAGAUAAGGUCUCAUGCUGUUGCUUGUGUCAACCAAUUUAUCAUUAGCAGAACUCAGGCUCUCAUGCUACAUAUUGACUCUUUUAUUGAGAAUUUAUUUGCACUUGCUGGAGAUGAGGAGCCUGAGGUCCGCAAAAAUGUGUGCCGUGCCUUGGUAAUGCUGCUUGAGGUUCGAAUGGAUCGUCUGCUUCCUCACAUGCAUCAUAUAAUUGAGUAUAUGUUGCAAAGAACCCAGGACCAAGAUGAAAAUGUUGCUUUGGAAGCUUGUGAAUUUUGGUUGACACUUGCUGAGCAACCAGUUUGUAAAGAUGUCCUCUGUGGUCAUCUGCCAAAGCUGAUUCCUGUUCUUGUAAAUGGCAUGAAAUACUCGGAAAUAGACAUUAUUUUACUUAAGGGAGAUGUAGAGGAGGAUGAAGCAAUUCCAGACAGCGAGCAAGACAUUAGGCCUCGAUUCCACCGCUCCAGAACAGUAGCACAACAACAUGAGGCUGAUGGUAUUGAAGAUGAAGAUGACGAUGAUGAUGACAUUGAUGAUGAUGACACUAUUUCUGAUUGGAAUUUAAGGAAAUGUUCAGCUGCUGCUCUGGAUGUCCUGGCUAAUGUCUUUCGGGAUGAACUCCUCCCACAAAUUUUACCCUUGUUGAAAGAGCUUCUUUUCCAUCAGGAAUGGGUUGUUAAGGAAUCUGGCAUCUUGGUUCUAGGAGCAAUAGCUGAAGGUUGUAUGCAGGGCAUGAUUCCAUAUUUGCCAGAGUUAAUUCCUCAUCUAAUUCAGUGCCUGUCUGACAAGAAGGCUCUUGUGCGUUCCAUUACAUGUUGGACUCUUAGUCGCUAUGCACACUGGGUAGUCAGUCAGCCCCCAGACACUUACUUGAAGCCACUAAUGACCGAACUGCUGAAACGCAUUCUGGACAGUAAUAAGCGGGUCCAGGAGGCUGCCUGCAGUGCCUUUGCAACUCUAGAAGAGGAAGCUUGCACAGAACUUGUGCCCUACCUUGGCUACAUACUGGACACCCUUGUUUUUGCAUUUAGCAAGUAUCAGCACAAGAAUCUACUUAUUCUUUAUGAUGCUAUUGGUACUCUGGCAGACUCUGUGGGCCACCAUCUAAACAAGCCAGAAUAUAUUCAAAUGUUAAUGCCACCGCUCAUUCAGAAGUGGAACAUGCUAAAAGAUGAAGACAAAGAUCUUUUCCCUUUACUUGAGUGCCUGUCUUCGGUAGCCACUGCUUUGCAGUCUGGCUUCCUCCCUUACUGUGAACCUGUGUACCAGCGCUGUGUGAAUCUGGUACAAAAGACCCUUGCACAAGCCAUGUUGCACAAUGCCCACCCUGAACAGUAUGAAUUGCCGGAUAAAGAUUUCAUGAUUGUAGCUCUUGAUUUACUCAGUGGCUUAGCAGAAGGACUGGGAGGCAACAUUGAGCAGCUUGUGGCACGAAGCAAUAUCCUCACUUUAAUGUAUCAGUGCAUGCAGGACAAAAUGCCAGAGGUGCGGCAAAGUUCGUUUGCUUUAUUGGGGGAUUUAACUAAAGCGUGCUUUCAGCAUGUCAAGUCAUGCAUAGCUGAUUUCAUGCCAAUUCUGGGCACCAAUCUGAACCCCGAAUUAAUAUCUGUGUGCAACAAUGCAACCUGGGCUAUUGGAGAGAUUUCAAUUCAGAUGGGUACGGAAAUGCAGCCCUAUAUUCCUAUGGUUCUGCACCAGUUGGUGGAGAUUAUAAACAGACCCAAUACACCAAAGACAUUAUUGGAGAAUACAGCAAUAACAAUUGGUCGUCUUGGUUACGUUUGUCCUCAAGAGGUGGCUCCCAUGAUACAGCAGUUUAUAAGACCCUGGUGUACAUCAUUGCGGAACAUAAGGGACAAUGAGGAAAAGGAUUCAGCCUUUCGAGGAAUCUGUACAAUGAUUAGUGUAAAUCCAGGAGGAGUUGUGCAGGAUUUCAUAUUUUUCUGUGAUGCUGUGGCAUCAUGGGUUAGUCCAAAAGAAGACCUACGUGAUAUGUUCUAUAAGAUUUUACAUGGAUUUAAAAAUCAGGUUGGGGAUGAAAACUGGAGACAAUUUUCUGACCAGUUUCCAAUUCCUCUGAAGGAGCGCCUUGCAGCAUACUAUGGAGUAUAACAACAUAGUCUGUAGUGGCAGUCCUGUUAUCGGUCUUUCACUGUGGGAGACAACGGGGAGCCUCUGCACCCAGGGAAAAAAAUGUUACCCUUUUGCUGGGGGGAAGGGUAGAUCAGUGGGGACAUUCAGUACAAUCCCAACCCUACUGGGGGGGUGGGAGGGAGGUGUAAGUCAUUGAGCUGUUCAGCUGAAGGGGGGAAAAUGUUUGAACACCUGGAGCCUUUGAGGGCAGAAUUUUUUGUCUCUUAACAACUCAGUAGCUACAAGCAAAGGAGAUUUUUGUCCAGUACAACAGCACAUUGUUAGAGAAAAAAAGUAUACAUAUACAUAUAUAUUUUACUAUAUAUAUGUAUAUAUAAAACCUUUGAGCAAACCUCGGGGAGAAAAUAUAUAUUUUCUAUAAAAUAUUGGCUUUAAAGAGUUAAUUACAGACAAAGAAAUUAUUGCACAGAAAAUUAAAGAUGGGUUAAAAAGCAGUAUUAAUGAACUAAGUUUAUAAUGUGGAUAUAUAAAAAUUAAAUGUAUAAGAACAUAGGGAAAGGUCAGAUAAUUGCAUGCAAUGAAGAAUAAUACUCAAUGAAGUUUAAACAAAAAAAACACUGUGUUGCUUACAUUUUCAGUAGGCAAAUAUUAGCUGUAGGCAACCAAAAUGGGGAAAAAUAUAGAAGUAAUAUUUUAAGACCAAGACCUAGGCAAGCAACCUACUUAGUCAGUUAUACAUCUAUCUGUUGCAUAUCAAAGCAUAUGCAUAUCUUUUUUUUAUAUAUAAAUACUGAAGAUAUUAGUGAAGGGAAGUUAAAAUGGUUAUCUUAAAAGCAUACAUAAAUGCCAAACCAUUUGUCAACAUGUGCAGUUUGAGGUAUUCACAUACAUUUUUUUAUUUAAUUGAUAUGGACUUUUUUUUUUUUUUUUUAAAGGGAAACCUGAUAUUCUUACAUCAGAGUGGGGAUUGUCUACCUAUACAUUUAUAUUGCACCAAUUUUUGUGUUAAGGUUAAAUGAUGCAUAGCCCAACAUUAAGAAGUCUGGGUAUUUUGUUUUUAUAUUGAACAUUUUUUCCUCUUAACAUAGUUUUCAGUCCCUUUGUUCUAAGGCCUUGGAAUAUCUUUAGGAUACAUUAGGACUAAGGUUAUUUAGUAGUGGUGUGUAUAACCUGCACAUUGUGGAAAGCAGAUAUUUGUGUGAAAACCUUGCUUCUGUGCUGUCAAUGUGUUGUGCUCUCUGCAUGGACAUAAUACUAGUGAAUUUACCAGAGGUUCUAAGACUUCAAAGAGCUAUGUGGUUGGUCAUUGUGUUAAGGGCUGUGUUUUAAACAAGAAAAAAUAGAUUGCAUCAGAGGACAAAUGUACAAGUUGACAUGAACUGUUUGCUAUACAUAAAUGUUUAUUCCCACUCAGUUUUGCUUAUUUUUUCCUGUUCAAAGCAUGAUCUUAAAGUUGCUUAUGGUUGUUAAUAAGCAGGGUACUAAACUUCAUCUGCGCAUGUUGGUGGCCCUUCAUACCCUAGUGAGAUAUGAAAGGGUGCAAGUUGCAAGCUAUAUGAGAAAGUUGGAUUAUUAUAGUUUUUGUUUCCAGUUUCAUCUGUUUUGCUGCUCUUCCUUCUGCUUUCCUUAGCUUUUUUUUAUGUUAAAUAAACCCUGAAUUAUAUUUAGCCUUUCCCUUCCCUUACUGUGUAUUUUGUUGUUGGGUUUUUUGUUGUUUUAUUUUUUUUGUUUGUUUGUUUUUUGUUUAACAACUGUGAAUCAAAAAGCUGAACUGGUACUAUGGUCUUUAGUCUCUCUCGAAAGUUGAAGUUGUUGUGUUAUCCUGAGCCUAUCCCAUGAUGAACAUUGCAGAGGCUGAGGAUUAGCUGUGGAAUCCAUAAGAUGACUCUGCUGGUCAGAGCCGAACAUGUAAUCCUUUCCUGUUCUUUUUCAAACUGUGUUAACCCAUUUAAAGGGGGUUUGGGGGAGAUGGGAUGGGGUUAAAAAACAAAACAAACCCUAAAGCCAUAGCAGCUUAUUGCAACUGAAGGACCUACAUUUGCAUCAUAUGUUGAUGUUCUUGAAUGAUUGCAUGUUUGUUGAAUGAGCGAGUGAUAGAUAAAUAGUAUAACAUGCUGCACUGAUGUCUUUGGGCCUACCUGUGCAUGUUAGAUACGAUGUUUGCAUUUCAUUUCAGCUGAGCUGUUGCUUUUGUUUGCGUUUGAGUGUUCAAUUCUGUAAUUUUGCCUGCAUUCACCUUGCUUCCUACCUACCUUGCACAUUUUCAUAUUGCUUGCUAGCAGCAUUUGAAACACUUUUAAACAAAGCUUUAAUCUUUGACUUCAGUGCUAUUUUGGCUUCACUGCAUUUUCUCAGGAUGUGCUCCCCACUGCAUUAUAAUCAGAUUGCUAUUGCUUUAUCUACACAUGCUUUUGUUAUUAUUUUUUUUUUUUAUUGAACUACAUUUGAGGAAAGACUUUCUUUUUUCCCCUUUGGAACACUCAACAUGUGCUUUCCUUUAACAGGAAGGGAGGUGCUGCCUUGGCUCCAAACAGUUCGACGCGAUCCAAUAGGCAUUAAUGCAGAUUCACCCUGCCGCUCUCACUUUAUCUUUCACUAGAGAGGUGGACACUAUUCCACUGUUUGGAAGCCAUUUAAGUAAGGGAAAAAGAAAUAAGAAUUUCUGAACAACUGCAUUAUUUGUUCCACAUUAUAGAAAAAUGAAUAGGAUACGUAACAUUUUUUUCAAAUCCCUUUUCGGAUUAAAGUUGUGUCAUGCAUUUAUUUCAGCUUUUGGAGUCAUCAACAUCAUGGGAUAUAUACUGUUUAUUUAACUGUGGUUUACAUGUUUCUAAUGAUUCUGAAUGUCGUGUAGACGUGCCUGAAAUUGUAAUGCUUUGUCUUGUCACAUUCCAACAUUUUAUUGUUGUCGUUUUUGAUUUUGUUUGUCCCCUCCGUCCCUCCCCAAGCAUGCUAAAAAGCACGGCUUAAUUUGUCUGCUCCUUACACACUGAAUUAAGUGCUGUUUGUGUACUAUGCUACAGAUAUGGCCGCUGCUACGUGAUGUAGUUUUCUACUUGAAUAUUUUUAUGUUGUAGAAACCUCAGGAGGUCAGUGUUUACUGUUUAUAUAUGCCUUUUCCAUUUGAGCUUCCCAUUUGAAGGAUUCUAACGAUGGAUAAAACACUUCUGUACCCAAGUCACAGUCAAAUAGCUGGUGCAGCAAAAGCAGUUCAUCUAAAUAAAUAUGCAGUCCUUUGCAGAAUGUGGAGAACAAUUUAAUUUGAAAAAUGGCACUCUACCUUUCAAUUUUCUGAGAAAAGCAUAACAUUUAUGCCAUUAAUUCUACUGAUUGUGUUAAAGUAGUAAUAGAAGUUAAAAAAAGACAUGUUGCAAGUGGAAGCUCCUCUUGUCCAUGGGGUGCAGACUGUUAGAGUAGGAGUGGACCACAAGCUGCUUCCUCUAUACAAGUUGAUAAAAGUAUUUCUGCAGACUGAGGCAUUUCCUCUGCCUUUUCCUCUACUAGAAACCUGCUGCUAAAUCCUGCGAAAUAACAGGGGAAAACGGCAGAUAUAGAUACUACUAAUCUGACACAGUAAUCGUUUGCUUUCUGCUAUAACUUGGGAUGCAGAAGGGUUUUCCAUAGAUGAGAAAAAUGCUUCCAGAAACUGUGUUUCUGAACAACAUGAUGGCAUCUACUACUGUAUAAUGUUAGAAUUGUUUCCUUCAAACCAUUCUCCAGCAACCUCUCUCAGCUGUGUAUACUUGACUAAUAUUUCUUGAAGUCUGCCUUCACACUUACGCUAAACAUGAGAGAUCUUCAUUUUAAAUAGAAAUAAUGGUUUUAAUUUUUGAUAAGCUGCUGAAUUUUAAAGAGUUUUUUGGGGCCACCAAAUAUUUUGGAUCAUGCAAAGAAUAUAUAUUGUACUGUAGUAAUUUUGUAAUGACAUUUGUAUGAUGUAGUGAGAUAUUAGUUGUGAAUGUUAAUCACUGCUUGGAUAUGUACAAUGUUGGUAAUAAAUUGUUUACAUAAAGCUU